AAGGGACUGAGUACCGGAAGGAUGGUGCAGUCCUGUUCCGCCUACGGCUGCAAGAACCGCUAUGAUAAGGACAAGCCGGUUUCUUUCCACAAGUUUCCUCUUACUCGACCCAGUCUUUGUAAGAAAUGGGAGGCAGCUGUCAGAAGAAAAAACUUUAAACCCACCAAGUAUAGCAGUAUUUGUUCAGAACACUUUACUCCAGACUGCUUUAAGAGGGAGUGCAACAACAAGUUACUGAAAGAGAAUGCUGUACCCACAAUAUUUCUUUGUACUGAACCACAUGACAAGAAGGAAGAUCUUCUGGAGCCGCAAGAGCAGCCUCCCCCGCCCCCUUUGACGCCCCCCAUUUCCCAGGUCGACGCUGCCAUUGGAUUACUGAUGCCACCUCUUCAAACCCCUGAUAACCUCUCAGUUUUCUGUGACCACAACUAUACUGUGGAGGAUACGAUGCACCAGAGAAAAAGGAUUCAUCAGCUAGAACAACAAGUGGAAAAACUCAGAAAGAAGCUCAAGACUGCACAGCAGCGAUGCCGAAGGCAAGAACGACAGCUUGAAAAAUUAAAGGAGGUUGUACACUUCCAGAAAGAGAAAGACGACGCAUCAGAAAGAGGUUAUGUGAUUCUACCAAAUGACUACUUUGAAAUAGUUGAAGUACCAGCGUAAAAAAAAGGAAAUUUGUAUUGGUUUUUAAUGGGGCAAUACCACAUACCCUCUUCUAGCCUAUAAAGGAGUUUCAUUUGAAAAAAUAACACUUGAUUACUUGUAUAAAAACAGUUCAGAAUAUUUUUUUAAAAAAAUAAAUUAGAUAUAUACUGUAAAAUUGUAAAAUUUUUGUUUGUAAUUUCAGGGUUUUUACAUUUUAACAAAAUAUUUUAAAAGUUCUAAACUAACCUCAGAGCUCCACUGUAAGUUGGUUUCAAGAUUGGGGAUUUUUGGUUUUUAAUUUGAGUAUUUGUAGAAAUAAUGUAAAAAUAAAAAGUAAGGAGAAUGAGAACAGAACAUUAAGGUUGAUUUAAGUUUAAAGUUUAAAAUUUAAAAUUAAUGCAGUUUAUUGAGAGAACUUAGUUAUAUUUUAAAUCAGAAGUAUGGGUCAGAUCAUGGACAUAACUUCUCAGUAUAUAUAUAUUCUUAUUCACACAUUCUUAUUUGUAAAGUGAGAAGAUUCAUUUGUCUUUCUUAAUCACUUGGCAAAAAUAAAUUGGCAAGUCAAUACUUUAAAAAAAAGAUUGGUUGUCUUCAAAGCAGAAAAUGAAGAGUCAUUCCAUACCUAAUGAGUAUGGUUAAAUAACUUUAUAAAGAAUGGAUUUUUUUAAAGUGGGCCCCUCUUUUUUCCCCUCACUGUCUAGCAUUAUAAAAUUAGCAGUGUAUCUCCAGUGGAAGAAACAUUCUUUGAAAAACAAAAUAGGUAUUAUUAUCAAUGAAGUAAUAAAAAUGGGGGCUGAUCUCUGGUGUGCCUUUUUCUCCCAGUACCGUGAGCUAGGGGCAUCCGCUCCCCAGUGUAGUUCUGUCUGCAUCCAGAUCCCUAAGAAAUGUGCUGUGUUAGUAGAGUUUGAGUUGCACCAUAAUAUAGUGAUCUUGCGCUUAACUGAUUGAUUUUGGUUAAGCCUUCACGUAAAAAAUUUCUUCACUUUUAACACAAGUUAGAAAUUAUAUCCCAUUUACUUAAAUGAAUGAUUUAUAUUCAAAAGCGACCUAAUAUGUAGUGUUUAUUUUACUGAAUGUUGAAUUUAAACACUGAGGUUUCUGUUCAAACUGUGAGUUGUGUUCUGACUGUGAGAAAUUUUACAUAUAUUUGAAAUGAAAAUAUGUUCUGACUAAACAAAUACUGCCGUAGAAAUUAUCUACUUAGAUUUAGAGUAACUGUUCCAAGUAUAAUUAUUUUAUAUUUCAAAGUACACUGAGAUAGUUGAAGAGUAACAGACCUUUUAAGGCAGUAUUAAAGAUAUGAAACAAUGGCAUUCGAAAGUGUCUUUUGUAGACCUGGUGUUUGGUAUAAUUCACUGCGAUGCUGCCAGAGGAUAGUAGUUUGAUUCGUGGAGAUUUGGUUUUUUAUGAGCCAGUAUUUCAAAAAUAGAAAAUAAUGAUUAGAAGAUUACUUGAAGUUACAUAGUCUGAUAACAUUUAGAACUAACUAUAAUGACUAUUUUUCCAAGUAUAUAUCUUCAAUCCAAAUUGUCAUCUACAUAAAAGAAAAUCUAUGUGUGUCCAGAACCAAGAAUCCACCAUUGAAUUGUAAAAGUAGUAAUCUUAAUUACUUAGCAUCUUAGCAUUAUGAUUUAACCUGCAGCUGCUUUCUUUUCAUAACAGACAUAAUCUCUCAUUGGAGAGAACUGAGUGAGCGGCAUGAACACCAACUGUCUGCAUUUAAAUAGUUUAUUAUAGCUUAACAUAGGGAGUUUGAGUACAGGUGCUUAUUUCUGAAUUUGUGAUGUAACAUUUGUUGAAUGUUUUUAAAAUUCAUUUUAUCUAUUGUUUAUGACAUUGCCAAGAAAAAGAGAACAUUUAGGCUAAAAUAGGUCCUGUUCAAGCAUAGCGAAACUCAGUCUGAAACAAACAGGGACAAAGUUUCAAUCUGGAACAAAUGAGGAGAAGACACAUAUGAGUUGCAGCAUAUUCUGAAAGAUGACAUUUAUUUUAAGCACACAUGGUAACAACCUAAAAUUUCCUUCUAUGCGUGACAUAACCUGGCAAUAAUGAUGAGAAGAAAUAGCUGUUUCUUAAUAGAACUGCUAGGAAAAGUAUAGAAUCAUAGAAUUUUAGAAUUAGAAGGGACUUAGAAAUCAUCCACCACUAACCUAACCUCCAGACCCUGCAAAAUCCCCUUGAAGCUAUCCCUGACAAGUGGUCAUCUGUUCUCUGUUUGCUGUUUACGUUUAAGCAAUUAUUCUGCUUAGGUUAUUUAAAAUGGAUUUUUGGAUGAGAAUACAAUUAGUUGCCACUCUUUUUAUACUUGUUUAUAUUGCAAAUAUAAACUUCACUUUGAAUUGCUUCAUAGUUUGAAAUAUCAAAUUCCAAAUUAAAGAAGUUUUAAAAUUUUGAAAAGUAAAUGUUUACUAAUUGUAUACUUUUUAUGUGUACUAAAAAUAAUUCUGUCAUUGCAGUAAAGAAAUGGUGGUGGUGAAAAUUAUUAGCCAAACUUUUUACUUGGAAAUCCAAGUACAUGAGUUUUUUUCUUUUAACUAUAAUUUGUGUAAUCCCUUGCUUAAAAGUAUAACAAUGAUGAAGGCAAAUGAAAGGUUCACUUGAUAUGGAUGUUUUUAGGUUAAAUUAAUAUUCUCUCAUCAUCUUAGUUAUUUAAAAAAUUAUAGACACAUACCUAUGGCUUUUGUACCCAACACCUAUGGCUUUUAUAAAGUCAGUAGUAAGCAACAUAAUAUAUUUAAAAGUUCAUAUGAUC